AUAGAUGGAAAGAAAAAGUAAUUUUACCCAGAAAGGCAAGUUUAGUGGGAAUGUCACUUAUGUGAGUGACACACCGUCAUACCAUGAACAACAGCCCCUCCCUCCCAUAGCAAUUAGCAUUAAGGUGAGGGAGGUAAGGGAGAGGGAGGGGCUUGGAGUGUGCCGUGUGCGGGUUGUUAACUUGGCCAGACUUCUCCCCAGUGAUAAUGUAGAGGGUGAAGAAGGCGGGCGUGUGCCUCCCGCUCCUCCGUGUCCGCUCAACAAAGGCUUUACCCCCAGCUGUGGCCCGGUCCUGGUGGUAAUAUGCUCACAUCCAAGUGCCAAAGAAUUUCCCUUAUCUUUUGGACCGUCAUAAACGUGGCGUAUGAUCAGGUGGGAGGUGAUGACGGGCCUCCCACUGACAGUACCUGGGGCCAACAACUGUAUAUCAAACUCGCCGGGUUACACAACACCAGCAGUGAUUAUGAAGAUAACCAAGACCUAAGUAAUUGGGUACUGGACGAAGAGCACAUUUUUGCACCAUACAAGACAACGCAUCAUGCAACACUAGACAACACACAACAUGAACUGUGGUGGAAGGUAACAAGUGAAGAUGAUCCAGCGAUGGAUGCCGAGCCAGGACCAUGGGAUGGCAAGGGACUAUUAAACACUGUGUCAUCCAACCUGUUUCUACAUUAUGAAUUAAUACAAAACUCUUGGGAAGAGAAUGAGAUUAUAUAAUAUGCCAUUAAGACAGAGUGAAUGUGUGAAAAUUCUUAGGAAGCUAAGCUAGGUUUAGUUCAAAUUAAAUAUAAAUGCACCUUGUUACUUAAAUUAUACAUAUCAAUCUGCAAUAAUAAAUCUUUGAAAAAAUAAAUGUUUAAAAAAAUCUUACUUGAUAGGCCACUUUGGCUGUUUGGUACAAUAUAUACAGUAUGUACCGAGUGUAUUUUAAUAAAUAUAACCAAAAGCGUUAGAUCAACGAAUCUAGUACAAAUCUAUAUAUUUCUUGGGUUUUCUUCAUUUGGGAAGAAGGCAGAGAAAUGGACACACCAAAGUUAAUUUGCACUUUCAAUGAGUGUUGUACUUCACCAAGUAUAUCUCGGUAUCCUCAGAAGCCAAAGAAAAGUGAAUACAAUAGGACAGUUACUUUAUUAUAAUAUAUAUAUAUAUAUAUAUGUAUAUAUAUUUAUAUAUAUAUAUUUAUAUAUAUAUAUUUAUAUAUAUAUAUUUAUAUAUAUAUAUUUAUAUAUAUAUAUUUAUAUAUAUAUAUAUAUAUAUCACAGGUGUGAUGAGAGAUGGGACCCCUCAUCCUGAGGAUCUAGUCAACUUUCUUCUCAAGUGUAAAUGACAGUAAGCAAUAGAAAAGAUUUGUGCUAGAAUUAAUAAUCUAACCUUUUUUUUGGCCAUGUGCAAAAAGCAAGAACACUAAUAUAUAUAUUUUACAAAUACAAACAUUCAUGUAUACAUACCUGUUUAAACAUGUUUUCUGUAUUGCAUUUAUAUUCAUACACUACAAACACACGCUCGCAUUUAUCCAGACUGAUAUGAGAUUAAGUCUGCAAACGUGUACUUUACCACCAGUUGCUUUACAGAGAUUGUCGACACAAGCAUUUAUAGUUGAAGAUUGUUAAAACAACGGAGCCAUAUCUUUUUAAAUACAGUAGUAUAAUUUUAUGUUACUUGACAUAACCCUAAACCCUUUUUACAAAAUGUUGUUCUAAUGUAUUCUUGUUUUAUAUAAAAUUCUGUACAUGUAAUCUAU